AUGACUUUCUGGACGGCCCCGCGCCCCCCGAGAGGCGCCCCCCGCGAGGGCUUACCGCCAAAACUUCACUCGGCAUACAUACACUCACUAUACAUCGUUGGAAGACAAGAAAUGGCCCUCUCAACCAUUGCGACUUCGACUGAAGUCAGAGAUAUCGUCAAGCUCGAACGGAUCGGUGCUCAUUCUCACAUUCGUGGAUUGGGGCUGGAUGAGCGACUGGAACCGAAGCCCAAUGCGCAGGGGAUGGUCGGUCAGAUCAAGGCGCGAAAAGCAGCGGGCGUGAUUCUGAAGAUGGUCCAGCAAGGACGGAUUGCAGGUCGAGCAAUUCUCAUGGCCGGCCCACCUAGUUCAGGAAAAACAGCAAUUGCAAUGGGUAUGGCCCAGUCUCUGGGAUCCGACGUGCCUUUCACGACCCUCUCGGCCACCGAAAUAUUUUCACUGGAGAUGUCUAAAACAGAAGCUCUGACACAGGCCUUUCGACGAUCAAUUGGCGUUCGGAUCAGAGAAGAAAGUGAGGUGAUACAAGGUGAGGUGGUCGAGAUUCAGAUCGAUCGCAGCUUAACUGGUGCAACAAAAACCGGCAAGUUGACGAUGAAGACGAGCGACAUGGAAACGAUUUAUGAACUGGGAAACAAGAUGAUUGAAGGUCUGAACAAGGAGAAAGUGAUUGCAGGCGACGUGAUCUUGAUCGAUAAAUCAACUGGAAAGAUCUCCAAAUUGGGCAAGAGUUUUACCCGGGCCAGAGACUAUGACGCGAUGGGAGCUGAUACCAAGUUUGUACAAUGUCCCGAGGGGGAGCUUCAAACCAAAAAACAAGUGGUCCACACAGUUUCCUUACAUGAGAUCGAUGUUAUCAACUCGCGGACACAGGGAUUUUUAGCCCUGUUUAGUGGUGAGACGGGGGAGAUCAAGUCGGAGCUUCGAGAUCAGAUAAACUCCAAAGUGGCAGAUUGGCGAGAAGAGGGCAAGGCAGAGAUCGUUCCCGGAGUACUGUUUAUUGACGAAGUUCACAUGCUAGAUAUCGAGUGCUUUUCGUUCUUGAACAGGGCUCUAGAGACCGAACUGGCGCCAAUAGUCAUUAUGGCCUCCAAUCGAGGAUGGGCGAGGAUCAGGGGUACGAGAUACAAAAGUCCACAUGGCGUUCCAAUGGAUUUAUUGGAUCGAGCACUGAUCAUCAGCACCAGCGCUUACUCGGCCGAUGACGUUCGUACUAUACUAUCAAUCCGAUGCGAGGAGGAAGAUGCAAUCUUAACGCCAAAGGCAUUAGAAAUUCUUACACGGAUAGCAUCAGAAAGCUCACUGAGAUAUGGGAUUCAGCUAAUAACGACAUCGUCGAUGGUAGCCAAACGAAGGAAGUCGAAAGAAGUAGAUGUCCCAGACAUCAAAAAGUGCUACAGCUUGUUUUUGGACGAAAAGCGGAGUGUGUCGUAUCUGAAGGAUAAUAAAGAUGGCGAGUUUAUUGGCGACGACGGGAACAUUGGGCUCUAUGAUAGCAGCGUUUCUGGCUUCCCUGCUGCGCCUGCAGCCGCUGUUGCUCAGCCUCAGCUUCCUGUCAACCGGGAAGCUGAGAAACCUAUCCCUGGAGUCGGUCAGCCUGCAGGAGUAGAAAUGGAUACCACAUAA